GCCAUCGCCUUGUUGAGCACUGCAAUCUGUGCACCAUGCGUCAUCUACGGUGAGUCACCACUCUUUCGAGCUCUGCUUUGAAUAACGGAUUGCCGGUGGUGGUUCAUUUUCCAAUCUUCCGAGUGCACAACAGUUCACCCACCACCCACCUUCGUGGAAUUCAAUAUGACCGAGGUGGUCGUGGUUGUGGGCAACGGCAUGGUAGGCCACCGGUUCCUGGAACGGCUCCGCAAGUACGAUACCAGUAAGCACUUCACGCUCGUGUCUAUCGGAGAAGAGCCCAUUCAGCACUAUAACCGCAUGCUGCUUACCGAGUACUUCGAGCAUUUGAGCAUCGACAAGCUAAAGUUGGCGCCACCGAACUGGUAUGCUGAAAACGAGAUCGAACUCAUGACCAACACCCAAGCUUUGGCAUUGGAUACGAAGAACAAGAAGUUGCUAUGCCAGCGACUGGGUGGCGAUGUACCGCAGCAAUUUGAGGUGCCGUACGACCGCGUUGUGAUCGCUACGGGUGCUAGUGCCUUGAUGCCUCAGCUUCCUGGUGUAAUCCUACACGGGGUGUUCGUGUACCGUUCCAUCGCUGAUCUCAAUAGCAUCAUCGCACAUGCCGAGAAUCAAGCUAAACUUGAGUCUGCUGGGGCCGCGAAGAAGUACGCGUUGGUGAUUGGCGGCGGUCUUCUGGGACUGGAGGCCGCUAAGGCCGUCCACGACCUGAACGUGUCCGUACGGAUCAUCAACCGCGGCACUCGACUGAUGUCGCGUCAACUUGACGCCGAUGGAGCUAAAGUUCUUCACAACGAGAUCGUCAACAAGUUUGGGAUGGACGUGCUCUACGAAAAAUCAACCCAAGAGAUCAUCGGGACGGAGGAGAACGGUGUGGAGGCAGUGACGUUCACCAACGGUGAGCGCUUUGACGACGUGUGCAUGAUCAUUUUCGCUACUGGAAUCCAGCCACGCGACGAGUUGGCCCAUUCCAGUGGUCUCGAGCUUGCAAAACGGGGAGGGAUCCUCAUCAACGACUACUUGGAGUGCAGUGAACCAGAUGUGUACGGUAUUGGGGAGUGCAUUUCGCACCGCAACGUCACGUACGGUCUCGUCGCCCCAGGAUACGAAAUGGCAGACAUCUUGGCCAAGAACUUCACUUGUGAAUCUUUAGAGAAUCGUAUCACAUUCCCCGGUGGAGAUAUCUCUACUAAGCUCAAGCUUAUGGGGAUGGAGGUGGGCUCGUUUGGUGACUAUUUCCCAGAGUUCAUCAAGGAGCCGUUCGAGGCUCUGACCUACAAUAAUCCGCUCGAGAAGGUGUACAAGAAGCUCUUCUUCUCAUCGGAUGGGAGCAAACUCCUGGGUGGAAUUCUGGUAGGUGACACGAGUGACUUUGUGCGGCUGUCUCUCAUGUACAAGCAGAAAGAUACCAAACCUUUGGUAGACCCGCCGAACGAAAUCCUACUUGGGAAGAGAGGCGGUGAUGGCGGUAAUACUGUACUGGAUCUACCGGACGAAGCUCAAGUUUGUUCGUGCAACAACGUGAGCAAAGGAGACAUCUGUAAGGCCAUCAAGGACAAGAAAUUAACGAAGCUCGGAGACGUAAAGAAAGUCUGCAACGUUGGCACAGGCUGUGGAGGCUGCAUGCCCAUGGUGAAAGACAUUCUGGAAGCCGAACUUGCUGCUGCCGGCGCUGAAGUUGACAAAUCUCUGUGCGAACAUUUCGCUUAUUCGCGCCAGGAGCUCUACCAGAUCAUUCAAGUAGAACAGUACGCCACAUUCGCUGAAGUCUUGGCCAAGCACGGCCGCAAACAGCACGAUCCUCGUAGCUACGGAUGUGAAAUCUGCAAGCCCACAAUCGCCUCCAUCCUUGCCAGUCUUCAGAACGGGCAUAUCCUCAAAGGAGAUCGUGCUGCACUUCAGGACUCGAACGACCGGUUCUUGGCCAACCUGCAGAAAUCGGGUCAAUUCUCUGUUGUACCACGCGUAGCUGGUGGAGAGAUCACGCCUGACAAGCUUAUUGUGCUUGGUCAAGUUGCCAAGAAGUUCGAUCUGUACACCAAAAUUACCGGUGGACAACGCGUGGAUCUGUUCGGCGCCCAGAAGCAGGACUUGCCCGAGAUCUGGAGGAUGCUGGUGGGUGCUGGUUUUGAGUCGGGUCAUGCGUACGGCAAGGCACUGCGAACAGUGAAGAGCUGUGUGGGUACGACGUGGUGUCGCUACGGCCAACAGGACUCGGUAGGGUUCGCAAUCUUCCUCGAGAACCGCUACCGAGGCAUCCGUUCACCGCAUAAACUCAAGGGAGGCGUCUCCGGAUGCACUCGUGAGUGUGCUGAAGCUCGCAGCAAGGACUUCGGCUGUAUCGCCACUGAUCAAGGAUACAAUGUGUACGUGGGAGGCAAUGGCGGCACGAAUCCACGUCAUGCUACGCUACUAGCCUCUGAUGUUCCACAAGAAUUGGCUGUGAAGUACCUGGAUCGGUACAUCAUGUACUACAUCAUGACGGCCGACCGUCUGCAGCGCACAUCCAAGUGGCUGGAUGCACUGGAAGGCGGCAUUGAACAGCUUCGUCGUGUGGUUAUGGAGGACUCGCUGGGUAUUUGUGCCACACUAGAGAAGCAGAUGAGUUACCUGGUCGGAACCUACGAGUGCGAGUGGAAGAAGGUGAUCGAGUCGCCUGAACUCAUGGCUCAGUUCGCACAGUUCAAGAACACUAACAAAACCCAAAAGGAAGUCCAAAUGCAAACCGUUAGAGAUCAGCGCAUACCGACGUUUGUGGCACACGCUAAGACCGGCAGCAGUGGAACCGGCACCGAGUCUUCGUCUCCAGCAUCAACCACCUCAGUGUUAUCCGAUCUCGAUGAGACGGAAUGGGUCUCCUUUGGUAGCAAGGACCGUUUCGAUAUGAACGGCGGUGGUGCGGUGCUGUACGGCGAGUCACAGUUGGCCAUCUUUAACAUUACGGAGAGCUGCAACGGCAUCGAGAAGGUAUCCUGGUAUGCCACGCAGAACAUGUGCCCGUAUGACCACUCGUUCGUGUUGGCUCAGGGUAUCGUGGGCGAUCUGGACGGCAGACCGAAAGUGGCUUGCCCCAUGCACAAACGCAACUUCGAUCUCAGUGAUGGAUGCUGCAUCAGUGGCGAUGACUUCCGUCUUCAGACUUUCGAUACCAAGGAAGAGGACGGCAUCAUUUACGUCCUGUUACCACCCAUGGAUGUGGUAAACGCACGUUUGGCAACCUCCAAGUUCGUUGCAAAGGACGGCGAUGCCCCUGUAGUGCCGGAGGUGUCGAGAUCACCUGCCACGCUUGACUGGUAACGUCACCGUCGUUGUGUUAGUGUCAACAGUAUUUGAUAGCUAUGUCAUGUAUUGCAAUGCGUUCCUAGCAAUUUUCAGCGCAUUUCAUUUUAAUUCACCUUAUUUGCGAUCUUCAUGCAGGCUUGCACCAGCAGCACGUACGACACAAUGGUGAACGUUUUUUCCUGCA